AUGAAUUCUUGCAGAGUGGCGCUCAGACGGGCUGGCCAUGGCCAUGUUCGAUGGUCAUCCCAGCAAGGUUUCACUGCCCGGCGUCAAUGGCCACGAUAUAACAGCGGCACUUCUCAAGACAGAAGUCGUAGGCAUGGCGGAAAUGCUUUCGCGCAGGCAGCCGUUUAUGCUGGUGUUUUCGGGCUGGCAGCUGCGGGAGCCUACUACUAUCCCAAGCUCAAGGAGAGUUUCUCACCCGACGAGGCAUCCAUCGAGCCCUCCCGAGCCCAACCAAAGUUUGAAAAGUCCCGCAAGAAAGCCGUGUCCAAGGAAGAUAACAGGGAUAUCAUCAGCUCUCAGCACUUGCAAGUCAAGAAUAGCUGGGAGCGUCCGGGAGUCUAUGCCUGGGGUUCAAACAGCGGCAAGGUGAUCGACCAGGACUCCAACGAGAAGUACGUCAAGCUUCCCCGGCGAAUCUCCUUCUUCAACGACCAAAUUCUCAGGGACUUGAAGCUCACUCGGAGUUUCGGGGCUGCCGUAAAUGAGAAGGGCGACUUGAUUCAAUGGGGACUGGGCUUUUCAGGCAGUGACCCGAGGCCGGUGACUACACUUACGGGCAAGGAUCUAGCCAAGAUCCAAGUAUCCAAUGAUCGCAUCAUUGCCCUGUCCCGAAACGGUGACGUAUACUCGAUUCCAUCAUCAAGGGACGACCUGGAAGGCGGUGUGAAAGAGACUAGGCAAAAGAGCUCCUGGUCGUUAUGGAGCUCUGCCGGCAAGGAAGCCGUCAAUUUCCGCAAUCUCACACCAAGUGGCCUGAGCUGGGGCGAGAGGAUUACUGACAUCAGCAGCGGACUUGAGCACUGCAUCAUGUUGACCUCGAAGGGACGCGUCUUCACUGCUGCCUCCAGCGCUAUCGCGUAUCCGUCCAAGGGCCAGCUGGGAAUUGCAGGCCUUACUUGGGAGACCCGACCGAAAGGCCCGUACGACCAGCCUCAUGAACUCCUGUCGCUAAAGGGCUUCGAAGCGACGGCUAUUGCUGCAGGAGACCGUCAUUCGGUGAUUUUGGACAAGCUUGGCAGAAUCUUCUCGUUUGGUGACAACACAUUCGGCCAGCUCGGAUUCACCAUCGACUCUGGCUUGCCCUACGCGACUACUCCAGCCAUGGUUUCUGUCGACAAGUUGUAUGCUGCCUCAGGAAUGGUACCGAGGGUCACAUCUAUCAAAGCCGGAGGCGACAACACCUUCUUCACGGUUGAUGCGGGCGCGCCCACUGCGGCGAGUGAAUCUCAGAGCAUGGCUCCAGCCAAGCGGAUGCCAGGAACGACGUCGGAUCUGUGGGCUUGUGGCCAGGGUGUUGCAGGCACGCUAGGUACUGGCAAGUGGACUCACGUUUCUACCGCGCCUGCAAAGAUCAAAGCGCUUUCGUCUCUCUUUGAGUUUGACGAGGAGACAAAUAAGAACGUGCCGAUAAAGUUGAAGGCACUCAGCGUUGGAAGCACGCACUGCGCUGCAGUGAUGGACAACAUUACGAAAACGGACACGUCAAGUAAGGGAACGGAAAAUGAGACGAACUGGGGUGCUGAUGUUUUGUUCUGGGGCGGCAAUGAAUACUACCAGCUGGGCACCGGAAAAAGGACCAAUAUGAAUACGCCAACAUAUAUCGGACCCUUGGACGGCGGCGAGGGCGAUGCAAACAGAGGAAGGGAGGGAGAAGUACAUCGCCUCUGCCUAACUCCAAAACAGACGGUCCGUAUAGGCGAGGGUGGAAGGGGCCGCAAGGUCACGCUGGAGCAAAAGGUGGAAUGCGGUCGGCUGGUUACCGGUGUGUAUUCGGCGGUAUAA